GAAGACAUUUUGUAGCACCCCUGAACGAAAUCACAGUCAGCCAAAUUUCUAAGACGUGGAAGUCAUCGGAGCCCACUUAUUUCCGUUAUAACAACUAUCUACACAUUUUUUUAAUAAUGGGUAACUUGCUCGGUAAUAUUCAAAACCCCUCUUCCAAAAGACAGGCUGAAUACUAUCUGCAGUGGUCAGCAGCAACGGAUAGGUGCACAGUUAUGACCAGUCAGGGGGAUGAAACUUGUUUAUCAAAAUGCCGAAGACAUGAACCAAGUUCUCCAAAAUCAGCGCAACCUUCCACGUCUUCGACCAAACAAAUCGAUCGCAACGCUUUGGAUUAACGACGUCUCGCAUUAAACAAUUCGUGAAUGAAAAUGUAAUGACGGACGAUAACGGAAAAAUAUUACAAACGUCAUUCUUAUUCAGAUUUUCAUAUAUUUAAUGACGUAUAGGGCCACAAUGGUUCACAUACACACAUUCAUUAUAUAUAUAGAUAUAUACGCAAACCGGCUUCGGAUGAAUUAAUAUAUUAAAAUAAUUUCAUGUUGCAUCUUAUUAAAUUGAGGUUUUAAUGCUUAUUGUUAAAGAACAUAGACGAAUACGUCAAGAAUCAAAUAUCCGAUGCCAUUCGUGGAAGACAGUUUGAAUUAUGGCGUGAUAUGCCAUUCUCUUUUGUUACUGACUAUUCCAAAUAUUGAUACCAUUUCAGUAAACUAUUAUAAAGCUCCAAACCAGAUUCGAACAUGCAGCUUCAGGAGCGUAAACUAUAUAGGUUAAUCUGGGAACGAACUGUUUUUCCUUUUAAGUUUUUAUUUCUUAAUUUAAAAUAUUUAACCACGCUUCGGAAACAAUGUCUGAUGCCAGUGUGAACACAUGGUAAGUGACGUGUUUAACGAUUUUCACUCGAUUUUCAAAAAGGGGAACAUUUUUGAGAAAUUCAUCCGUAAAACAGUCGAAGACAAAUUAUUAAUAGAAACAUCAGGAGACGUAAUUAUCAAACACUCUUUGACAACUUCUUGCGAAGUAUUGGGAUUUUCAGAAAACUAACGGACAAAGCUUUAUUAGAAAGGCAUUUUAAGGGACAUUCUCUAGUAAAAGAAUCCAAACUACCUGUCCUCCUCGAAGACCAAGGCCAUCAUGAUUGCUGGAAGUUACAAUUCAAAAUGCAAAAAGAAUUUAGAAGCUUGUCCGGCAGGACAUGAAAUGAGAGAAUGUGCUGAUGGACGAUACUGUGAACAAUGUGAAGACACCUCUUACCAACCAAACAGUAACAAAUAUGGCGAUAAAUGUCGUCUAAGGAAGGUGUGUACACAACGUUUCAUGAAAUACCAGCACCAUGGGAGUACCGUUCGAGAUGCCGACUGUAUGUGCUUUGAAGGGUACCACUUUGAAAAUGAGGACCAGAGGGCCUGUGUGCCCAACAGAGAAUGUGAUAAAGGUUAUGGGCAAGGACCCUAUGGCGUGUGUGAAAAUUGUCUUGCUAAAAAUAUGUAUUCAGAUGUAAAGGACAGAUUACAAGCAUGUAAACCAUUAAAAAAUUGUGAAAAGGUAUCUCGAUGUACAUUAAAGAAGAGUAACGGGACAUUUGACAAUGUCUGUGGACCUGUGAUGGAUGAUAUUGUCAACUGUGACAACUUGACAACAGAGAAGCCGAAAGUUGAAGAAUCUAGUAAUACGGCAAUCAUCGUUGGCUGUGUGAGUGUCUUAUUGUUUGUCGGGGUGAUAGUUGCAUUGUGUUAUUACUUUUGCUUCCAUCGACCGAGGUCACGCAGUCACAAGAAGCGGGCACCCACCCAGGAGGAGCUCGACGCUGUCGUCUCACAGGUGAUAGAGAACGCGAAAAAAGAUGAAAAAUAUUGCAAACAAGCCUUAAAUACAUCUUGUACAAUUAUCGAGAACAACAUAGGUCGACAGAUCUGGAGUUUACCACAAGAAUUGUUCCGUAAGCACUUCCAAGCUGGUAAAUAUGAAGUUAUAGUGGAAAAAUAUAAAGGGGAUCAACCUAAAGCGGCUGUGAAUGGCUACUUCAGGGAGUGGCGGAGUUGGAAAGAAGACAAAGCCGAGACAAUCACCGAUCUGUUCACGUGUCUGAAGACAUGCAAUAGAAUCGAUAUCGUCUAUAUGAUAGCCACAAAGUUAAAUGAAAUCGACUCCCUCGAUGUUCCUGAGAAACUGUCUGACAAGGAAGACAGUCUACAGAAACAGAAGCCGUCCUACAUGGGUAGCCUGUUGUACAGCAUGUUUCCUUGCCUCGGCAAGAAGCGUCGCUACCCGUCGGAAGAGAAGGCAUCCGAGAAACCGGAAACCAUGAACAGGCUUUUGGACACGGAAAGCGGAGCGGAGCUGCAACACCAGACACAACAGCCGGGGCUUCCACCAUUAGCAGCAGCAACAGAUGCAAUGGAUGCACAACAGACGCUAAGUACAGCCGUCAUCAUACCACCGCAUGCACCGGUAAAUUGCACGCCUUACCGUGCGUCUGCACCGAGUGCACCGAUCUUAGAGGACUUUGAACUUCAACAGCAGCAACAACAACAGACUCUUUCUCAUCAUCCUCACUCGUCUUAUUCACAGCCUCCACCACCACCACAGCAGAAUCUACAACAGCAACAACAACAACAACAACAGAACCAGCUUCAUAGGCAACAUCUUCCUCCGCAUCAUCAUCACCACGCAGCAUAACACAACGUGCAAGAACACGUCAUAUUAUAGUCAGUGAUGACCAGACAAACAGACAGACACACAAACUUUCUUCCCCUGCCGCCACCACCACCACCACCAACACCCCAAGACUCAGAAGUGAAUAAAUACACACACACACACGCACACACAUAUAUAUAUAUAUACAUAUAUAUAUCAAACAAAAUUUUAAAAAGGAUAUUUUGGGAAAAGAGGAGCAGCCCUUCCUCUGUUUCUCUCUCUCUCUCCCUUGUAAAACUAUCUCUGUCUUCUCUUAAACACACACACACACACUCUUCCAUACCUACAUAAUCUUAUACCCCUUGCUAAACUUGACUAAAGACUACCACCACUACUAUCACUGUGCUACAUCCAAUACUGACAUAGAACCACUGCCUGUGUUAACCACAAAACUAUAUAACCAAAUAUUACCACUACCAAAAACUACAGACAGCCAAUAUCACUACUACCGUCGCUGUAACCUAUACUACAAAAAAAAUCACUUAAAAACUACAACCACAGCCAACAUCAUCAAAACGACCAUCCACACUGCAACAACUGCCAAUACUACCACUAAAUAUCAGCUACUGCAACCAAAACAGUCACUACCAUUGUAACCACCACCACCACCCCACCAUGGGAACUACCACCAAUACUGAUAGGACAAAUUCACAAAUACUACCACCACAACCAUCAAUACAAUAACAAUAAUGAUGCUGUCACAACUGUAGCCUAUACCACCAUCAUUACCACUACAUGCCACAACAAUCACAUGUACUACUAUUUCUGCUACCACCAAGGCAGUGGAAAAUCUCUCAAAAGAAAAACUAAAAAGAAAUAAGGGUCAUUCCUUCAAAUUGGGGUCGCUCCUUAAUCCCCAUAUUUGAAAUAUAUUUGUUUUUGGUUUUUUUAUUUUGAAAAAAUAAUUGAGGGAAAGUGACAGGGUUCCUGACGAAUAUUUUAUUCUUAAAAACUUGUUUUGUUACCAUUAGUUUAGCACUUUUCUCCCUGUCUCUCUCUCCCUCUCCCUCUUCCUCUCUCUCACCCUCAUAUGUAACCACCUUUCCCCCCCCCCACACACACACACACUGCAAAUAAUGUUGAGGAUACCAGAUUAUGUGAAAUGGGCCUUUUAACAGCCAGACCACGAGACCAGUGCUAGCUCAUCUGAUAGCAUAACCUGUAUUGCUUUGUAUAUAGAAUUUUAUGUAUGUAUCUGUGUGUAUAUAUAUAUAUAUAUAUAUACACACACACACACACACACACACACACACUCGUCACGUGAUCACAUGACCAACCAGAGUAUCAUGUUACAAUUGUUUUAGCCAUCGAAUGAUGCCACCCUGCUGGCUAGGCAAGCAGGCCAACACUUCCCCUUGAUCGAUAGGGGGGGACUGGAGCAAAAUGAAAUGAGGUGUUUUGCUCAAGAACACAACGCACCUCCCAGUCUGGAAAUUGAACCCAUGGUCUAGCGAUCGUGAGUGCAACACCCUAAUCACUAGGCCACAUGCCUUCACUAUAUGUAUAUAUAUAUAUAUAUAUAUAUAUAUAUAUACACACGCACACACACAUAUACAUGCUCAUACACAACCUACCAGACUCCUCACUCAUGCUAUUAUUGAACCAGGAGCUUAAAAGCAGUCCUUCCAUAACACUUACGUAGCCUUACCUGCAUUUUGGGGUCUUCCGGAUACUAAAACAUCUCAUAUUAUUAUAUAUAUUGAUUGAUUGAUUGAUUGAGGGGAUAGUUAUAACCCACGCAAUUGCUCAUCAGCAGAUCACAUAGGAUCCUGUUUAGCAUAGCUUUCCAAUAAUCAAAGGAAAAUGAGUGAGACUUCAAUUAACUCAAACAGGAGCCGUUCGCAACUCCAAGGUAAGAUCCUGUAGGUUUAAUAUAAGCCAUGCAGAGUAAAUAAUAAUAACAAUAAUAAUAAUAACAACAAUAAUAAUAAUAAUAAUAAUAAUAAUAUUGGUAAUAAUCUAAAUGAGUAAAGGAGAAGUCAAAUCGAUGUUACGCUCGAUGUAUUUUUUAUUUCCCAUCUCAUACAAUGUUAUGUAAUGCAUUUCCAUAUAUAGAAAUAUGUCCUAAUGAAUUUAUAGUUUGUUCACUUUGUCAGACAUCCUUGAUUUGAAAAUACAAUUGACUCAUGGCUAUUACGUAACAUUGCAUGACAUGGGAAAUAAAAGAAUUAAUCGUUUAUGAAAACAAUUGUAAUGUUAAUUUGACUUCUUUUUUCCUAACUUAAAUUUUUAUUCCAUAUAUAUAUUUAUAUACAUGUGUAUAUAUAUUUGUGUAUGUAUAUAUAUAUUUAUAUAUAUAUAUAUAUAUAUAUAUAUACAUAUAUAUUUUAAAUACAUAUAUAUCUAUAUAUAUAUUUUAUAUAUACAUAUAUAUUUUUUAUAUAUAUAUAUAUAUAUAUAUAUAUGCACACACACACACACAUACAACUAAUCCAAACAUGUAACAUGCAAAUAACAGAGUCUUCUGUGCAAGCCGCUACUUCACCAAGAAUUCCCUGAUGGUCUUGUUUCAAAAUAUUGACAGAUGAUAACCUGUACAGGAUGACCUUGGACAACUUUCGUCAUCACAUCUUAUUUCCUCCAUAUUUGGUCUACAUCUGAUUCUAGGUCUUCGGAUAUAGAUUCAUCUGUGUCAGUGGAAAGUUCAGGUUCUUCAGCCCUUUCUCUAAACUCAUUCACAUUCAAAGAAUCCUUUCCUUGUAUCUUUUACUUCUCUGGUUCUCAUUAAUCUUAUUGCUAUCUCAGCAGUUUCAUUGUCGUCAACUCCAUCUAAUUUUAUCGCAUUCAAGGCUCUUCUCUCUCCUUGUAAAGCCAUCCACAUCAUGAAACUAAGUGAAAUAGUUUUUGUUCUUUGUGAUAAAAAAGGUGUACAAGAUAUUAUCCCCUUAGAUUUGUAAUGAUAGGGGUUAGUGCUAUCAAUUUCUUCAUCAUCACUAUAAAAUCAUCCUUACCAUUAAUGUAACUUUCUUGUAAAAGAUACAUCACAGCGUUUUCUCAGGACUGUGACAUUUAAUCUUUGAAGCAAAUCUUAAGACUUCUAAUGUUGCACAUUUUUCAUACCCUGUUGAUUGAGAAUCGACUCUGACCCCAUCUCAUGGAUCAUUUGGAAAUCAUUUAACAAACAUGUCAAUUCCUGCUAUUUUGAAUUUGGGGUUUGUAGUGUAUCUCUUACUGUUUGUUUCUACAAAAGCAAAGAAGCUUGAAAGACCAAUAUUUCCAAAAGAGAAACUGGCUAAAUGAACAGCUACAUGUGCCUUCUCCAAUCUGUAUAAUAAUAUCAAAAACAGAAAUAAUUCUUGAAAUUCUGGAUCAGUUGGAGAGGAACGAGCCCUGUCUAGGAAUAGAUCAAUGUCUCCUAAUCAGUGAUUUUAAAAAGAAAUGGAAGUGCUAUUACAUCUUGAGUUUGCCCUCUUUCAGUGUCUUAUGAGUUCCAAAGUCUGUGACUAUUUCUCAGUGAAUAUUCUCAUGAAUGAGAAUACAAGAUGUACAUUGGAAGCUUUUGCGGAGUUGAUUAACAAUGCUUUUGUGAAGAUCUUUUCCAAACUGAUCCAUUCUUGGGAUUUCUUUUUGAUUCAUUCUUGGUGAAAUUGGAGAGACAAGUGAGGCACAUUUGAAGCAAAUUGGCCCAGAAAGAAUACAACAGAUGCUUGAAUGAUCCAUUGGGAAUUAUUUAACAAGUAUGGAGUAGAAAGGGCAAGAAAUAAACCUGGGAUUUCUGUAUGGUCUUCAAGACAUGUGCCUAACUGUUUUUGCUAUCUUUUUGUAGAACUGUAAAUUUCAUCAUCCAAAACCCCUCAACUCCAUCUGAGCCGGAUGCUUUUCAGUUGUUUAUCUUACUACUCACAUGUCCCCUAUUUAUCUUAAUGUCUUGUUCCAGGAGAUAUAUUUGUUUCUUUCAUGUUGUGUAGCCACUUUGUAUUAAUGUUGUACGUUUCCUUCUCCUCCACCCCCAUAUUGCUCCAAAAUCUUUGUUUCUCCUUUUAUUUCCUGAUAAAAUCUAUUUUUGGUCAGUUUUGAAGAUUCUCUUUUCUCUGUACUCUUUGAUUCUCUGAUCAUAUUGAGUGAUUUUUUUUUUUGACUCUCUUCAGUUGCCUGUGUUUUAGUUUGAUUCCUACCUGUAAUCCUUUGAAAUCAACAUCAUACCUUUUUUUCAACCUGUUAUAUUUCCACUGAUUCUUCAGUUCUCUCUUCUUUCUUCUGACAGAUUAUUCUGCAUUCUUUUUACGUCUCCAACGAUCCUCCUCUUCCACCGUGGUCCAUUUUCUAUCUGUUUUGGCUGUUUUAUUCAAAUCCUAUAUUUUCUGCCACCAUUAUAUUUGUUGCAUUUAGUCUGCUAGUUUCGGUGAUAUUGUUUGCAUGUGUAUACUUUUAAGAUCCUGUUUACUUCUCCAGUUUCUUAGUCACACAUCACUCCAAAAUUCUCCGUCCUUACCAACUCUUCUACUCUAUCUACAAUUCAUUUUUCUUCAUCGGUGGUGGCCGUGUCAGUUACCAUUGACACCUCAAGCAGAUUGAUUUGUAUUUCUUCUGCCAUUUAAGGAGCUGUAUUGGUCUUGAUCAGCUCGUCAUUAUUAGCGCUAUUACAUUCAUCUUGUAUUGUCAUCCUCUUCGUAUACUCUUCUCUCGAUAAUUUCCACUUCUGAAUCUAUUAACCAGAUUUUCUUUCUUGUCACUCUGACAAAACUUUUCUUCUCUCGUUUCACAUAUUCCACAAUACUGCCAUUCUCAGUACAUCUCUCUCUCUUUAUCAUUCAGAUUACUCUGUCAAAUGUGAAGCUUAUUUAUUCACAUUCUUUUGAAUUAGUCAGGCAUUCUCUUGUAGCUUCAAGAUUUCAAUGGUGUGUUUCUAUAUUUUUAGACAUUGUAGGGUAGGCGUGAGAGGUUGGAUCUGGUCAGUUUUAUUAACAUAAAACAGGCAGAAUAUUUGGGCUGGACGAGACCAGAUUAAACGCUAAAGGAUUAAUGGCACUCUAUGACAAUUGCAUUUAUUUCUUUGCUGAAUUUUUUCUUUAAUUCUUCUAUGCUAGCAGUCACAGUUUGACAACCAGACCCAUCUUGCUUCUCAAUGGGAUACCUAGGCAUAGCACCUUCAUCACUGGUUCCAGUUCUGUUUAUGCCAUUAUCUAUAAUAUUUCUUUCAAAUAUUUCACUCAUAGGGUUUGUUUAAGUGGUUUUUGUUUUCUUGUGUUUUUUUUUUUGUGACAUCAUUAGAUGGAUUACCAGUGAAGGUUCAUAGAAACUCCAUCCACCCUCUAUAUGAGGCAGUUAAACCACAUCCAGUCUCACACUGGCGUUUUUACUACUACGCUUGGUUUAUUUUCAGAGUUGUCCUUUUCUCGGUUGUCUGCUGUCCCCUGUUCAUGAACCCUAACCCACCCAGAUACAUUUUUCAAGGUUUACUCCUCUAGAAUUGUGUUGUUAGUAUUGAUGCAUCACAUUCUGAGAAGGCUUCUUUUUCUUCCCCUUUCUCUCUCACUUCAAGAUAUGAUCCAUUUGCGGAUUACCAAGUGUUACAGAAGGGCCUCAGUUACUUGAAUAAAGGCUGCUCUGUAUCCCUUUUGUAUUGUUAAUAUUAAGGCUAUCUAAGGCAGCGAGCUGGCAGAAUUGUUACCACACCAGACAAAAUGCUUAGCAGGCAUUUUGUCCAUCUUUAUGCUCUGAGUUCAAACUCCACCAAGGUCAACUUUGCCUUUCAUCCUUUUGGGGUCGAUAGAAUAAGUACCAUUCACGCACUGGGAUCAAGGUAAUCAAGUUACCCCUUCCCCCCAGAAUUGCUGGCCUUGUAUCAAAAUUUGAAAUCAGUAUCAUGGCUGUCUGCCCCAUGGUUGUAACUUUUAGAAGGAGAUAGUCUGGGGUUUCUGGUGUUGCUUAGGUAUUUUUACACCAGUCCCCUGCCCUUGCUCGCACUCUCUCUCUCUCUCGUCCCUUUUAUAUUACCAGCCUUCACGUGGCUACCCUAAAGUUUUAGACAUAAUAGGAAGAGUUGGGGAGGAGUUCAAAUAGUCUUUGGUGACAUUUUUGGUUCUCUUAGUCUUAAUUAUAGGUAUUUGCUAGAUCUUCUUCUUUCCCAUUUUUGGCAUGAUGCUGUCUUAGAGAGAUAAAUGUUAGAUAGAAGAUAGUGGUAUCUGGUAUAAAGAGCACUUAAUUUGUAAAAAAAUACUACAAAAGAGAUGAGAUUAAAGGAUUAUUAUGUAUCGGGGAAGGGAAAAUUGAUUAGAAUGUAGAUUCUUGGAAUGGUGGUGGGGGCUGGAAUGGAUGGGCACAUCGCAAGCGAACUAACUAGCCUUCAACAUUGAUGCAUUGGAAAAAAUAUAUCUGAUUGUAACGUUAAUGAGAGAGAGGGAAAUUAGAAUAUAUCUUGAGAAAAAAAAAAUUGAAAUAUUUAUAAAAGAUAUCUUGCAAACAGACUCAAAGAUUACUGCAUUUUAAGCAAAAUACCAAGCAGUGACAACAAAACCCAACAAAAUAGAACAAUUUUAUUAGAAUAUUUUGACUGACUUUUAUGUUUCUGAAAGAAGAUAAAGAAGGAGAGAAAGCUAUCAAGCUUUUAACACUGAUGAGAGAAAAGCAUUUUCCAAAUGUAACUUGUUUCAAAAUAACUAUCCUUUUAUUAUAAUAAUAAUAUCAUAUUAUCAUUAUCAUUAUUAUUAUUAUUAUUAUUAUUAUUAUUAUUAUUGUUAUUGUUAUUAAGGUGGUGAACAAGUAGAAUCGUUAAAAAGCUUGACAGAAUGCUUUGCAGUAUUUCGUUUGGCUUUAUGUUCUGAGUUCAAACUCCACUGAGGUUGACUUUGCCUUUCUUCCUUUUGAGGUCGACGGCAGAAGUACCAGUUGAGCACUGGGGUCAGUGCAAACAACCUAACCCUCCUCAACAUUCCUGCCCUCAUGCCUAUAGCAGUAAAGAUUAUUAUUAUUAUUAUUAUUUGGCAGAAUUGUUAGCAUACCCAACGAAAUGCUUAGAAGUAUUUCGUCUGUCUUUACGUUUUGAGUUCAAAUUCCACUGGGGUCGACUUUGCCUUUCAUCCUUUCGGGGUUGAUAAAUUAAGUGCCAGUUAGGGGGGUGGGGUUCAAUGAACUCAACUAUACCCCUUCCCACAAAAAUGUCAGGCCUUGUCCCUAUAGUAGAAAGGAUUAUUAUUAUUAUUAUUUAAGUAUUGGGAUACAUGUAAUUGACUAUCCCCUUCCCCCCUCCCCCCGAACAUUUCAGGCCCCCUGGUUAUUGUAAAAAGGAUUGUUGUUGUUAUUUCUGUUUUACUUUAUUGCUAGGAUGUGUAUAAAGUCAAACCACA